GAGCUCUUUCCCAGGCAUAUUGGCUUGCGAAAAUAUGGUGAUACUGAAUAAGUAGAAAUGCCUUGUUGGUGGGCGUAAAGAAGAAAAGGCAGAAUUCUUUGGCCCCGAUGGCGGUGCGGCACAUGGGCUUAGAUAAUUGGCGGGACGCUGCAACACGCGGCUUCCCCGGUUUAGUAGCCACGAUACGGUUCCUUACAACUCCAACAAGUGACGAGCUUCGCAGAACCAUCUGAAUGUGCGAGCAGCGUUUUGAUGGUCUCUUUGUUUACUGACAAUAAUUUACUUAUUUUUGCUCUUAUGAUCCACAACCGUCAAUAGAUCCGUUUCUCAUCGGGAAUCCGGGAGCCUAGUACUAUCACUUGGUAGCUUCUGUGUUUUGCGACCACGACGAUGAAGGGCUGGCUUCAGACCCUGUGCCUAUCAGCUCUGCUGGUAGGACGGGUGCUUGCGAAUGAAGUGGAAUUGAAACAAGAUGAAACUCAUCGGCAGCGUUGCUCGGGGAUGUACAGCCGCAAGGCUUGGGGUGGAAACACCGAUCCAUUUAUAUUGGCUAGAUUUUCGAAGGACUCAACUCUUACCGAGGGCAAUGAUCGCGUCAGUUUGGUCAUCUUUGAGUGGACUGAUGAGGAAUUGAUUGGGAGAUCCAUUUCGGACGAUGCUGAGGAGAAGGAGACCAUUUGCGAUGAAACCAGUGUCCAGGCCAAUUUGUGUACGUCAGAACAAAUAGGCUCCUUCAUUCUCGCCGCGAACGCGACCGAAGCCUCCGAAUUCCCGAUCAUCUCGAAAACAGUGCACCUCAGCAACCCCCAAGCCGUGAACUACCCCGUGAAAAAAACUGGUUUCUACUGUGUGAGCACAUAUGGAUACGAUCAAAAGGACUACAAAGCGGUGGUCGAGUUUAGGAAUGCAUACGGUGAACUUCCGGGUGCGCAAAUUGCCAAGCUGCCAUUCUAUGGAGCUUUGACAAUUGUCUACGCCGUGAUUGGAGCAUUUUGGGCAUUUUUAUACGUUCAGAACCGCCACGACAUCUUGCCCGUCCAGAACUAUAUAACCGCUAUUCUUGUCUUCCUGAUCGUUGAGCAGUUGAUGACAUGGGGCUUUUACGACUUCCAAAAUCGCCAUGGUUUGAAUGCCGGCGCCAAAGCACUUAUGGUGAUUGUAGCUGUGCUCAAUGCGGGACGCAAUUCAUUUUCAUUCUUCCUCCUUCUCAUUGUCUGUAUGGGUUACGGAGUCGUCAAGCCCUCUCUUGGCCGAACUAUGAUCUAUGUCCGGAUCCUCGCAAUCACUCACUUCGUCUUUGGUGUGAUCUAUGCUGUUGCGAGUUUGUCAAUUACUCCAGAUAGCGCUGGCCCACUCGUCCUUCUCAUUGUGCUUCCACUUGCCGGUACUCUGACUGCAUUCUACGUGUGGACUCUCAACUCGUUGAAUGCGACGAUGAAGGAUCUCAUUGACAGAAAGCAAAAGACCAAGGCUAUGAUGUACAAGAAGCUGUGGUGGUGCAUCUUGGGCAGUAUCAUUGUAAUCUUCGGAUUCUUCUUUAUCAACUCGAUCGCCUUUGCCGGUCGGAGUGAAGCCAGCUUUGUGCCCGAGCAUUGGAGGAGUCGGUGGUUUGUGCUGGAUGGCUGGCUCAACAUUGUCUACUUGUUUGACAUCGGAUUUGUUGCUUAUCUGUGGCGACCCACUGCCAACAACAGACGAUUUGCUAUGAGUGAUGAGCUCGCGCAAGAUGACGAUGGUUUUGAGAUCCGCUCCUUCAACAGUGGAUUGGAUGAAGAAGAUGCCUUUGCUCCCCCUGCCGAGAAUCAAUACGCGCAAGCACGCCGUGACCUGUCACCUGUGCCCCCUAAGCCUGUCCCUUCUGCACCACGUCAACGCGAGUCUCUUGACGGAGAAACUAUCUUUGCUGUUGGUGAUGAGGAUGGAGACAAAUGGUCCGAGGAUGAAGACGAAUCCCCUCGCAACUCGGGCGAGCACAAGAGGCUCACGGGCAAGCACUCGGAUUAGUCCGUUCGCUUUGUAUACUUUUUUUGCGGAUUUAACGGAGGUGGUUAGUUAGUAUAAAGUCGUUUGGUUUGUACUGCUAUCCAGGAGAGAGGUUCCUUCUUUUGUUCACUACUUGAUAAACAAGGUUUUGAUUUUGGUUUCUUCAUUGUCGUUGUGGUAUUUCUGUAUCACAAGCAUAUGAUGGCGUUUGGCCUAAUAGUGUAUGAUUGUUGAGCUGUUCAGUUUCCUAUUUAACGCCAUGAAUUUAUUUUCUAUGAUGCCUUUCUUUGGUCAUGAAUAAUUUAGACGUCUGGAUUUGGACAACGGACUUGUUCUCCGAGGAUUAGAGCCAACAGUAAAUCCUUCAUACCAGCUCAACCUGUAUUCUUGAAUAUAAUGAAUUUAUUACAUGGAAUUCUACUGAUUUUUCC